CAGAGUCCAUUUCCUUUAGUUUAAACUAGUGUCAGACACAGGGAGGCGAGCAGCUGGGGGAUCCAUAGCAACGGGCAAUAAUCAUGAGUUACUACAGCAUCAGACCCUCAAGUUCUGCAAGUUUCUCCUCUACCUCAACCUCAGCUGCAAGUGUUCUUGAUGAUGAAAAUUCCAGCAUCCGACAGCAGAAACUGGAUAAGCAGCGUGCUCUCCUGGAGCAGAAGCAGCGGCGGAAGCGGCAGGAGCCCCUGAUGGUGCAGCCCAACCCCGAGGCCAAGCCGCGGCGCUCCAAGCCCAGGAAGAGUGAGGAGCAGGCCCCGCUGGUGGAGUCCCGGCUCAGCAUCAGCAGUGAUGUCAUCCUGGACGGUAUUGAUGGCCCGGCUGCAUUUUUGACUGUCGAAGUUCCAGAUCUUGGCACCAAAGUUGAGAUCCUGUCUGUGAGCCAGUCUCCACCCAGCGAGGAUGGUGACAGAGAUGGUGACAGAGAGACCCUCCUCAAACCCUCAUCCAAACCAGAUAUACAAGACAUCAUGCAGAAGAGAGCUGAGAAACCCAGAGAGAAGGUGAUAAGUUCGGGGGCCGAGGCAGGGUGUGAUGCAGUGGAGAAAGGGUCCCUAGAUGAGAUCCCUGUGGAGCCACUGCCACCCCCCAUGUCAGCCCGCGAGAAACUGAUACAAUCAGGAAUCUCUGGCAGUCUGAACUUUGAUGAAGAAGACAGUGAUGAUGAAGAAAAGAGUGCCAGAUCUCAGUCUCCACACUGUGAGACCCCCCGACCUGCCUCCACCACCAGUGUCAAAUCCAGCACAGACAGAGCUGCCCCUACUUCCCCCCAGGCAGACGGCCCGUCCAUCGAGGUGGAGAAUCUAGAGGAGUUCUCCCUACGGCCUGCCCCGCGCAGCAUCACCAUCAAGUGCCGAAUCACACGGGACAAGAAGGGCAUGGACAGGGGGCUCUACCCCACCUACUUCAUGCACCUGGAGAAGGAUGACGGCAGAAAGGUAUUUUUACUUGCAGGCAGGAAGAGAAAGAAGAGCAAGACAUCUAAUUAUCUGAUUUCUGUCGACCCCACAGACCUCUCUAGGGAAGGGGAGAGUUUUGUUGGCAAGCUAAGGUCUAACCUGAUGGGGACGAAGUUUACUGUGUAUGACAAUGGGGCGAAUCCAACCAAGGCACAGGGCCUGCUGGAGGAGAGUAACACACGUCAGGAGCUGGCUGCCAUCUGCUAUGAGACCAAUGUCCUGGGUUUUAAGGGUCCGAGGAAGAUGACAGUGGUAAUCCCAGGGAUGAACAUGAGUCAUGAGAGGGUGCCAGUGCGACCCAGGAACGAUCACGAGAGCUUGCUGACUAAGUGGCAGAACCUGUCCAUGGAUAACCUGAUUGAGCUGCACAACAAGGCGCCCGUGUGGAAUGAUGACACGCAGUCCUACGUACUCAACUUCCACGGCAGGGUCACACAGGCCUCCGUGAAGAACUUUCAGAUCGUCCACGAGAAUGACCCGGACUACAUUGUGAUGCAGUUUGGAAGAGUAGCAGAAGAUGUCUUCACUCUGGAUUAUAACUACCCCAUGUGUGCCUUGCAGGCUUUCGCCAUUGGACUCUCCAGCUUUGACAGCAAGCUCGCCUGUGAGUGAGGGGCACACUCGACACACUAACACUAACCUACCUUGGACUGGUUUGUUCUGUUUUUUUUUAAAAACGCUGGGAAACCCUAUUUAUUCAGCAAUGGUGUACUUUAUCGCAAUCAUGUGAACUUGACGUAUAAUGAAGUCAUGCAGAGGCCGAGAAAUCGCAACAAGCAGAAAAAAAAAAGUGGGUGACUGUAAAUCAUGAAGCAUUUAUUCUUUUUUUUUUUUAUUUGUUAUUGUUUGUUUGUUACAGUUGUGUUGGGUCACAACCCUGUUUACCAUCCCCAAAGCUAUGUCCUACAUUUCUAUACCUGUACUGCAAUUCUAAGGUAGGCAAACAGUAAGUAAGCCGGACUUCUGACAGGGAACACAAGGAGUGACGAAAACAAAAAGACUGUACUGUUGGACCCAGGACAGCCUUCAUUCAAGUGCAAUACACUUACAAAAAAAACGUAGAGGGGGUACUUGGUACAACACAUGCAGUGGGCUCCAAACAUAUACAGUACAGCUCUCCAAUUAGAUAGUGAAUAGGGUAUGCCAUGGCAAUGAUAAUGAUAUUUAACCCAGAAUUUUCUGCCAUUCCAAAACUUUGGAAAAACUGUUGAAUAUUAUUAUUUCAGAAUAUUGCUGGAAACUCAUCAUGGCAAACCGCUUUUAUGUAAGUAAUCACUCAUAUUAUUGGUAACUUAUAAUUAGUGCUUCUGAUUAUAACCAAUAAAAACUGAUAAAACACCCUCGAUGCAAAAAAUGUUUUCAAUUUAUAGCAAUUAAACACCGGAAAAACACUGG